AUUAGGUGUGCUAAUACCCAGCUACUCAAACCGCUAUCGAAGCGGUACGAUUAAAACCCAUUAUCCAUGGAUGCAGAAGUCGCAAAUGGUGUCCGUCAAUUAUAUUGCAGCGCACUCGAUUGUGAAACUACAACUAAGAGACGAGUAAUCAUUGCAGAUAAAAUGAAGACGUCGCAAGUGUUAUGGAGUGUAUUUUGAAGUAUUGAUUGUGUGGUGUAGCGUUAGGUAACUUUCUUGACGAGAAUGGUAAAUUAAUUUAUGAAGUUAGCUUUGUAUUGUGUAUGGAUGAUACAUAUAGAUUUCCAGUCUCGAAUGUACUUAUUACUCUUCUUCUCAACUCUCCUUAUGUACAGAAUCUUUUCACUGUAUUUAUUUGGAGCAUUUUAGAUGGCGGACUUCACGAAAUGUAUUCAUCCGUUUGUCUAUUGGGGUCAGUCAGAAGAAUACGUAUUCCUUUCAAUCAAAGUAGUUAAUGCAAAUGUAUGUCUACCUGAUCUUCAACCUAUAGAUACUUAGGUUGAUACCAUCGUCAUUAAAGAGGAGGAGUUAACAUUUUCCGCAUUGGGAGUUGGUGCUGAUGGCAUCAAAAAGUAUGAAUUUUCUAUUUUCUACUAUCUUCCCAUAGUCCCUGAAAAUAGUCGAUAUGUCGUAACCGAUAUGUCUGUGAAUGUUAAACUACGAAAGGAGCUCAAGGACUCAUGGCCAAGGUUAACUAUGAGCAAUCAACGCUUACCUUGGGUUCGUCCAGAUUUUGAUCGUUAUCAAUUUGAAAAAUCUGAUUUGGAAGAUGACGAAGAAAGUAUGAAAGUGAAUGUGAUCCAUCCAUCGAAAGAAGAAAGAGAUAGGCAUAAUUUAGAACAGAUGAUGUUAGAGGAUGAAGAUGAUUGGAAGGCAUUUAUAAACUUGGUCAAGCAUCCGUUGACGAUUUAUCUAUUCUUCUUUAAUGUUAUUCAAUUUGCUGGUUAUCUUUAUGUUUGUGGGGCUUUGAUCUAUGGAUUGUUGCAAUAUAAAAGUGUGGACAAAAUACCAUUUUAUGAAUGGGUGAUUGAUCGAUUAAUUUUCGUACAAAUCUUAGCUAUAUUGGAACCUUUACAUGCUGUGUUGGGUUGGGUCCGAAGUGGAAGUGUCUUACCUUCAUUUCUUCAAGCGUUUGGUCGUUCUCUGGCCUUGUUUUUGAUUGUUCUACCACAUCCUCAAUUUCAUUCGGAAUCUACAACCUACUGGUUAUUUUUAGCCUGGAGUCUUAUUGAAACUGUUAGGUAUCCGUAUUAUAUACUAUCGUUAUUAAGUUUCCAAAAUGGAUUUAUCACGUAUUUACGUCAUACAUUAUGGAUAUUUUUGUAUCCCGUUGGAUUUAUAUGUGAAGGAAAAUUGAUAGUUCGUUCAAUUCCCUUGUUAAUAGAAUCUGGAAAAUUCUCUUUGUCAUUGCCUAAUACUGCGAAUAUCAGUUUUGAUUUCCCAAUAUUUUUACAAGUCUACUUAUUAGCUAUGUCAUUCGCUUUAUAUUAUUUGAUGCGACAUUUAUACGUGAAACGGCGGAAAACAAUUGGUCCUCGACCAAUUAAAGGAGCUGAUCAAUUGGGAUAUUUCUCUUUCAUUCCUUACUUGUAUUCCGUAGUUCGUGGUUCAAAUAAGAAGAGUGUUCACACAGAGAGGAAAUAUAUUAAAGGUCGUAAAGUACCGAAACUAGCCUAAUUUUUAUAAUCUCCCUAGUCGAUGGAUGCUUGAUAAAGCAAAUGAAUAAGGCAAUACACUUUUUUUAUCAG